UACCAAUUUUUUAUUCAAAUUUUCAAGGAAAAUUGAGGAUUUUCAGUGAAAUCUGUGAAUUGCUGUCGCCAAACGUUGUUCCACAAUGUUCGAGGAGACGAAAAAAUGUCGAAUCUGCAUGCAGGAGCUUCUCAUCACGUCGAUUUCCAUGUCAAAUCCCGUUCCGACACAAGAAACAACUUAUUCCGAUAUCUACAGGAGCCUUUCGGGCUACACUCUGGAACGGGGAUCGCUGUUUUUGUGUGAAGCCUGUUCCGUGGCACUCGUCAAUUCGCACGAUUUGAAGAAAAAAAUCGAGCAAUGCGAAGCUGUGUGGCAAGUCGAGAUCAAAUUGGAAGAUGGGCUUCGACCACCGGAGGAAAUCGAGAUAAAACCCGACACGGAUGACUUGCUUUUUGUCUCGACACUCAUGACAACCGAGGAACCGGGCACAUCGGCGAAGGAUUUCCUCAAAACCGAAGACGACGAAUUCAAUUUCGCCUUUUCCGACAAAGCGCGUUCGUCGAGUAGCGAAUCCAGUGCCGAGUCUAGCGAAGAGUCGUCUGACGAGGAGAACAAGGAAAAGUGUCCGUACUGUCAGGGAAUGUACCGAAAUCGGAAAAUUCUCAUGAAACAUUGUCGUAAAAAGCAUUCCGAUCGUCGUCUGGAGUGUUCGCAAUGCGACGAGGAAUUUGUUUUGCCGUACCAGUUGAAGAAACAUAAACGAACCCGACAUCGGGACAGUGAUGACGACACAAAAAGCAAGUCCUCGACGUCAAAAUCGCGCGCAACGCACCACGACGAGACCUUCGAGUGUCCCUUUUGUCCGGAAACAUUCCCCGUUAAGCAUCGCCUGACGAUCCACAAGAAGGAAGCACACAAGGGACAACGUCUGCCGAAGAAAGACAUGAACGAGAAGACAAUUUGUCCGCAUUGUGGCCUCAUACUGUUCGCCAAGUCGCUCGAUAAGCAUACGCGACAGGUGCACAACAAAAAUCCCGACGAAAUGUACAUUUGUGAUCUGUGUGGCGCCAAAGUCACCUCUCGAAACGGCAUUAUCUCGCACAUGCAGCUAAAACACUUGAAUGUGGCGUACAUUUGCCGACACUGUCCCGAAGUCUUUCAAAAUCCGGGUACGCGACGAACGCACGAAAUUCGCUUCCACACGCUAAAAUACAACUUUUCGUGUCACAUUUGCGCGAAAAAGUUCCUAACGGGCGUCUAUUUGCGGAAACACUUGAAUUCGCACACGGGCGAACGGAAACACACAUGCGAAAUUUGUGGAAUGGCUCUCGCGACGAAAGAAAGUUUGAAGCAUCAUAUGGCAACGCAUUCAGACGCCCGUCCAUAUUCCUGUGAGAUCUGUCAAGCCACUUUCAAGACGACACAAACGCUGCGAGUGCAUCGAAAAAGUCACAAAGAAUGGGAUUAUGAAUGUCCCGUUUGCGAGCGAAAAUUCCUGGUGAAUCAGCAACUCCGGCAGCACGUUACGCGAAAUCAUCCUGAAUAUCAACUGCCGCCUCCAGGCACCGUCAUGAACAAAAGUGCACUGAAACGUAUUCAAGAAAUUAAAGAAAAAUAUAAUUCGGAUAAUGUGACUGUUGAAAUGCUGGGAUCGUUUUGCAAGCGACGCGAUUAUAAUAGAUAUAACAAUCAAAAUAAUCAGCAACCGUCACAGCAACAAAUGAAUCCGGUGCAGCAGCAACAAACACUACCGCAGCAGCAGCAGCAACAACAACAACCACAAUUAGGGAGCCUUCAGCCUGGAAAUAUGUAAAAAUAAAAAUAAAUUUCGAAUAAAUAUCAAUUAUGUACUAAAACUUUUUUGUUAAAAAAUGCAAUAAAAAUUCCAUAAAAAUUAUC